CCAAUCGUUUCAGGUGACUUUUAUUUUGACAAUCAAAUUCACUUCCUGCUUCUUGAGGGCGCAAAUACUUUCUCACAAAUGACUUAUCUAAAACUUGCGGUUUAACCUGCAUCAAAUAAUGCUAGUAAAUGCUCCAUAAAUUGCACAAAUUGCUAAAAGGGGGUUAAAAAAUAGUUUAUGUUGCAACUACAUCGGUCUGUUGAACACACCCUUGAAUAUCUAGGCCUGUGAUUGGUUAGUUUCACAGUUAAUGGUCGUUUGGGGCAACGAGGAUUUCAUGUAGCGGAAACAAGAGUAAAGCGCAGCCAACAUAUGAUCAUUCACAACCGUCACAAGUAACUCCAUACAAUGGCAAACGAUAUUGAUGAUGCUCAGGCUGAACUCGACUCUGUGGAGGCGGAGUUAGAGAUGUUGGAACUGCAGAUCUCCGAGCUGCUUGAGAAACAGUCAAAGCUGAACUCCAGGAAAAGCAAGCUCCUUAAAACCUUGGAGGGAGCGUGCAGCUCGGCCCAGCCCUCAGGAUCCAGCAAAGCUCCCAAGCCUACCUUCAGCAAGCAGGACCUACAGCACCAUGAAGAGUCAGAUUUCUCGUGGUCUAAAGAGGUUCAGGGGGAGCUGAUGAGUGUCUUCAAACUCUCCAAAUUUCGGCCGCUGCAACGGGCAGCUAUUAAUCUGAGUAUGUCAGGAAAGGACCUGUUCCUGGUCAUGCCCACCGGACGAGGAAAAAGUCUGUGUUUCCAGCUGCCUGCCCUCUGCUCAAAAGGUUUUACAUUAGUUAUAGCCCCACUGGUGUCUCUGAUGGAAGAUCAGCUGAUGUAUCUGAAGUCCAUUGAUGUUGCCGCAGUCACUCUGAAUGCCUCCAGUUCAAAGGAGGACUCCAAGCGGAUCUUGGCAGGUAUGAUAGAUAAAAACAGCCCCUUCAAGUUGCUGUACGUUACCCCAGAGAAAAUUGCCAAAAGCAAGCUGCUGAUGUCCAAACUGGAGAAAGCUUACAACAUGGGUCUUCUGGCACGCAUCGCUGUGGAUGAAGUUCACUGUUGCAGCCAGUGGGGUCAUGACUUCAGACCAGAUUAUAAACUCCUGGGGAUUCUAAAGCGCCAGUUUCCCAAAGUUCCAUUGGUCGGACUUACUGCCACCGCAACCAGCAGCGUCCUUAAAGAUUGUCAGAAGAUUCUGUGUGUUCAGAAUCCGAUCACUUUGACAGCACCGUUCAACAGACCAAACCUUUAUUAUGAGGUUCGGUUUAAGGAUAAUGAAAACUGUAUUGAUGACAUCGCAGCAUUGAUCAAGGGAAAAUACAAAAACCAGUCAGGUAUUGUGUACGUGUUUUCCCAGAAGGAUGCAGAAAAUGUCGCUGUUGACCUUCGAAAGCGGGAUAUUCUUGCCCAGCCAUACCAUGCCAACAUGCAACCCUCCGACAAAACUCUUGUUCAUAAACACUGGGCCUCCAAGAGGAUUCAGGUGGUCGUUGCCACUGUGGCGUUCGGCAUGGGCAUCGACAAAGCUGACGUGCGGUUUGUUAUCCAUCACACCAUCAGCAAGUCCAUUGAAAAUUAUUAUCAGGAGAGCGGACGUGCAGGAAGGGAUGAUAACCCAGCAGACUGCAUUGUGUUCUUUGGGUUCAUGGACAUCUUUAGAAUAAGCACAAUGGUUGUGAUGGAGAACACCGGGCAGCAAAAGCUACAUAAUAUGGUGGCGUAUUGUCAAAAUGUGGACAGGUGCAGGCGUUCUUUAAUGGCCAUUCAUUUCGAUGAAGUUUGGAAUGAUGAUGAGUGUGACCAAAUGUGUGAUGUCUGUCGGCACGGCAAUGACUAUGUCACAAUGGACAUCACCAAGCACGCACAAGAUGUGGUAAGUAUCGUAGAGCAUGCCAGCAGCAUGGAUGAAAAGUUGACCCCUCUUAAGGUCUGCGAGGCUUGGAUGGGAAAAGGACCUGCCAAGCACCGCAAAAUGAUAACAGCAACGUCUCUGUCACGCUUGGAGGUGGAAUCCAUCAUCAUCCACCUCUUGUUACAUGGCUACUUCAGCGAGGACUUUAGCUUCACACCCUACACAACCCACUUUUACCUGAAGCUGGGCCGUAAAUCAGCUCUCCUGAAGAACAGCAGUCACUCCAUCACUAUGAAGAUGAGGAGGAUAUUGCCAUCAUUUAGCACAGAUGUUCAAUCAGGUGAGAUGCAAGAAGCUGAGACAGCCAUGAUUGACAUCGACAACAUUGCCAAUCAGAUCCCUAACAAAAGUAAAAUCUGUAAGAACCACCAGAACAUGGAGAAACGACUCAAUCAAACCCUGGAAGAUAAUGAUGCUUCAGACGCAAGCGAGAAUGGAAAGGAACCCUCUGUGUUUGAGGUUGAAGUAGAGGUCAAUGUUGUAGAACUAAACUUUGUGACCUUCAAACAAAACUCAACAUCACAGAAAAGAAGACCAAAACGACCACCACCCAAGAACUUCAACUGCAUUGGUGAGGUCGACCUACCAAAAUCAGAUCUGGUGAGCACCCCUUCAGAGAUCUCCAUCAUAUCUGCAGCUGCUGUCGAGGAGUUACACCAUCUGCGCAGUUAUUAUAGCAAACAGUUAAGGAGGAUCAACUACAUUUCCCAUGAGCACUUGCAAAGCUCCCAGCCUGGGAUGCUGACAUGCAUGAGAGAGCCAUUCAAAAGCCUCCGUUUACCAUCAAAGACGACCAUAGCUAGAGGGGCCAGAAAUUUAUGGACUCGUGUUAGUAUGAGAAGAAAACUCAUAGAGUGAAUAAGAUUUCUAUUGUUUGUUAUCGAAGGUUAAGGCAUGUUUAUGUUGACGGUUCAAAGAUGUAUAUAAUCAUGUUUUCAGGAAAUAAACCUUUUUGAGUGAUUUGUUAUUAAGGACAUCUUAAAACUUUUGUUCACAAAAAAACAUCGCAAAAAAGGUUAAUACAUGGAAUCUGUUCCAUUUAAAUUGUUGCACAGCACAUUGAUACGGAUGACAGCUGUUGAUAUGAAAUACUUUCGCUUCCUAACAUUUCAUAAAGAUGAAAAAUAUGUGCUUAAUUUAUUUGGAAUUUAAAAGAAGAAAAACAUUAUUUAUCGUUUUGCAUAUUAAAAUAAAAUCUCAACUGUU